CGCUGGAUGAAUAGAGGGAGAAUAGCCUACCCUUAAAUAUCCAGAUGGGAAUAUGUGGCCAGAGCACGGCGACGUCCUGAAGAAGACAAAGAGUUUUUAGACAGCGACACCUCCUAACUCGGGACAUGAAGGAUCAUCAAGGAGAAAAACUGGGGUACCAGAAUGGAUGAAGCUCUAUGGUCAGAACCCCACAUUUAUUACCGAAACGGCCCGAGUUAGAUGUGAAAAUAAGCCCGAGCGUGUGUUUGAGCAGCGACCUGACACACAUAUGUUACAAAAUCUAUUCUAUGUAUGAGAGCAAAAGGCAAAGGUCCGAUCUGAUGCGUUGAAUUCCUUCGGAGAGAUGUCAUCGUUGUGAGAGCUGGAUGUGACACCGCAGCUGUGAAGAUGAUGGGAGAUCUGAGCGACCCCAGACACCCGAAAAACACUUGCAUUGUUCCUGCCAUCAAGUCCUUCGAGCAUUAUGAUUUUAAUAGAGCGAAAAUCAGAGCCAGCCUCACGUGGCUGGUGGCCAAAGCCUUUGGUACAGACAGUGUUCCAGAAGACCUGAGCGAGCCCUUCUACAAGGACCAGUAUGAGCAGGAGCACCUGAAGCCUCCGGUGGUGGGCCUGCUGAUGUCAGCUGAGCUGUACUGCCGAGCAGGAAGUCUGAUUCUGAAGAGCGACGCUGUUAAACCUCUGCUGGGUCAUGACGCCGUCAUCCAGGCUCUGGCUCAGAAGGGCCUGUACGUCACCGACCAGGAGAGACUGGUGACUGAGAGAGACCUGCAGAAGAAACCCAUUCAGAUGAGCGCUCACCUGGCCAUGAUUGACACGCUGAUGAUGGCGUACACAGUAGAGACGGUGAGUGUGGAGAAAGUGAUGGCCUGCAUGCAGCAAUACUCCACCGAUUACCCAGACGGAGACGUGCCCUAUGACACAGAGGAUGCGGUCACUAGCUGGAUGAAUAAGGUGAACGAAUACUUGAAAGAAAUCAUAAUGCAGGAGCAAAGGAGGAUGGAGGCGCAGAACGCAGAGCCUGUUGAGAAUCCAAAGUCUCCAACCAAGUGGUAUAUGAAGCUUGUUCCUGUGCGUUAUUAUAGGAAGGAGCAGGUUCUGCCCAAGAUGGUGCCGUGGAUCCCUCCGGUGGAUAACCUCCUGAAGGACAGCACAGAUGGCUGUGCCCUCGCCGCCCUGCUGCACUUUUACUGUCCCGCCAUCGUCCACCUGGGAGACAUUUGCCUGAAGGAGACCAUGUCGCUGGCAGACCGUCUGUACAACCUGCAGCUCAUCCAGGACUUCUGCAAGCAACACUUGAACCACUGCUGCCACUUCAGUCUGGAGGACAUGCUCUACGCUCAUUCGUCCAUCAAAAAUAACUAUCUUGUGUUCAUGGCUGAGCUCUUCUGGUGGUUCGAGGUUGUUAAGCCGUCAUUCGUCCAGCCUCAGGUGCUGGAAACUGAAGCACCAGCCCCUUCACUGAAAAAUCUGCCGUCUGUGCCCAUCUCAAAAGUCACAAAGAGAAGUUUCAUGGAAAGACCUCCUAGUCCGGACAGACCAAGUCUCCCUCUCCGACCUCAACCACAGACUUCAGGCUCAGGUGAGAUCAAGCGAUCAACCUCAAUGUCAUUUGUGGAAAGCUUCAUGGGUACUUGGCCCAAAGAGAAGAAGUCUGCUGUUCAGGGAGUGUCCUUUGAAAUCCCAUUUGAUAAAGAGAGCACCAAUCAAACACCCACUGGUCGAGGGAUGACUCGGUCUGUUAGCACUGAAGGUUUUGGUUUCAAGAUGCCCCUCGGCACCAGGGGCAUCAAGAGAAACCUGUCCUUUCAGCCUGUCAAUGGAAAGAACAUGGGCAUCGAGGAGGAAGGCUGUCCUGAUAGCCUGUCAGGAAAUCAUAAUGGCCGUCUAAAUGGCUCAGGGCCACCUAGCAUCGAAGAGGCUCUUGAGAUCAUCCACAACACAGAGAAGAAAUCUCAAAGCCCCAGGUCCCAUGCACCCAGUGAGGGCUUCUUUCUUCAUCUUCAGAAUAAAACUGAAUUGAACCCUGAAGCAAAGGAUGGCGAGCUAGACUCAGUUUCAGAAAUGUCCACAGGGGUUGCUAGCACAUCCACCACUGAAGUAGACACCGGCAUACAUGUGCGGACGGAGGACAUCCAAGAGACCCUAGAUGAGGACUCAUCUCUUAGGGACUGUACUGUCAGUAUGGAGCUUGAUACGGAUCAAGACUUUGAGGCAAGAGCUUGCCAUAGCCAGGGCUCUACAAGUCCAUGUCCCAGUAGCUUAAGCAGCAAAUCCCCUGCCGGAAGUACCCCUGCUUUUACACCUGGGAUUAAGAUGACCAGCUUUGCUGAGCAGAAAUUCCGUAAACUGAAUCCAAACAUGGAGGCCAAAGGUGCUGCAUCCCAAAGUACAACACCAGACAGUUCAGAUCUCGGCAUUCCUCACUCUGUUUCCUGGGCUCCUUCACCUGAGAUCAGCCCUGUACAUCAGCCAUCCAAGGAUCCAGCCCAGGCCAUGGCUGCGGAAAUGGUGCAGCUGCGCAUGAGACUUGAAGAGAAGCGUCGUGCCAUUGAGGCUCAGAAGAAGAAAGUAGAGGCGGCUUUCACCCGGCACCGUCAGAAGAUGGGACGCAGUGCUUUUCUCACAGUUGUUAAGAGGAAAGGAGUAGAGGGCACCUCACCUUCUCAAGAGGACACUCCCAGCUCAGAGGAAAGCAAGACGCCAGCGGAGACAACUCAGCCCGUCAAGUCUCCGGUGAAGUCUGCGGGUGAGGACGGUACAUCCGAGGCGGACCUGAUGGAAUACACACGGUCCAUUGAGAAGCUCAAUGCUUCCCUGAGCUUCUUGCAGAGUGAGAUGCAGCGGCUGGCCCAGCAGCAGGAGGUCAUCAUGCAGAUGCGGGAGCAACAGGCUUGGGUUGUGUCGCCACCUCAACCUUCACCACAGAAACAAGUGCGAGAGCUCAGAGGGAGUGGGGCACGAUCCUCAGGUUCUCCCUCACCUGCGGAUUCUCCUAGAGCUACGCACCGUUCCCCUACAAACCUUAAGAGGAAGUCUGCUUCUUUCCAUUCCAAGACACCAAGGACACCCAGACCCAGUGAGCUAAAGAUCGCUCCCUUUAACCGAGUCCUGACCGCUCCACAGUCGGUGGACAGCAUACCACGAUUGAGAAGGUUCUCCCCAUCUCAGUCUGUGUCCUGCUCAUUUUCUUAUUUGGGGAAAGAGAAGAAACCACCACCAGGAGCUGAGGCCACAGACAAGGACAUAGAGCAAGGCCUUGAGUUGUUGUCGAUUGAAUGUUCUGCUGGUUCCAUCAAAUCCCCAACCAAAGAAACCCAACAGGAUGUAACCGAAGACGCUUACUUGUCAGCCAAGGAGCCAGUAGAUAGGGGACAGGAGAGCAAGAUGGAGAACGAACCAAAUGAGGAAAGGGAACAGCUGAAGAAGCCAACAAAUGAGAUCAAGCCAGCUCUGGAAUCUAGUGUGGCAGAGGUUUUGUCGCAGAUUGUAAUGGAGACCGUCAUUGUCACUCCCACUGAGCCAGUUGACAUCACCCAUCAGACCAACAAAAAUUUGAUUGAGGUUCCACUGUCUGUUCUCAAGCCCCUGGAUGGACGGGCGUUGGAAGAGGAAGGCGAGAAGGAGACUUCAGGGGAAAAUCUAGAUGAUGAGCAGAAAAUGUGCUGUGGAUUCUUUUUCAAGGAUGAUAUGAAGGAAGAGGACAGCAUGGCCAUAAAGCGAGCAGCACUUCUGGAGAAAAGGCUGAGAAGAGAACGGGAGAGCCAGCAGAAGAAACAACAGCUGGAGGCGGAGCUUGAGCAAAAGAAAGAAGAGGCCAGACUGAAAGCAGAGGAAGACCGCAUGAAGAAGGAGGAAGACAAAGCCCGACGGGAAUUUAUCAAACAGGAGUACCUGAGGAGAAAACAGCUGAAGCUUAUGGAGGACAUGGACACGCUUGUCAAACCGCGUCCUGCGGGGGCCAAACAGAGGAAACCACGGCCCAAGUCCAUCCACAGAGAUGUGAUGGAGUCCCCCAGGACUCCUGUCAGGGCCACGGCAGGCUCACGACCUCGUGUUUUUUCAGUGUCCAGCCUGUCUCUGGCAUCUCUUGGCGAUAAUGACAGCGUCAGCUCGGAUAAGAAAACACAAAGAAGCAAAAGCUUAGCAUCUGGCAGUCUUUUCUUCUUUUUGAACUCUCCUCGUGUGAGAAAUAGAAGUAGGCCUGACUCAGCAGAUGGUUGCCUGUCACCCACUCGCUCCAGCAGCCGUAACGGAGAGAAAGACUGGGAGAACGGUUCGACCACAUCCUCACUGACAUCCAACACCGAAUACACAGGUCCCAAAUUAUAUAAGGAGCCAAGUGCAAAGUCAAACAAGCAUAUAAUUCAGAAUGCUUUGGCGCAUUGCUGUUUGGCUGGCAAAGUCAAUGAAGGACAGAAAAACAAGAUUUUGGAAGAAAUGGAGAAAUCGGGGGCCAACAACUUCCUGAUCCUGUUCCGGGAUUCGGGCUGCCAGUUCCGCUCGCUCUACACCUACUGCCCUGACACCGCGGAGAUCACCAAACUGGCCGGCAUCGGUCCUAAAACCAUCUCGCGCAAGAUGAUCGACGGCCUCUACAAGUACAACUCAGACAGGAAGCAGUUCAGCCUAAUUCCAGCCAAGACCAUGUCGGCAAGCGUCGACGCCAUCACGAUCCACGGCCACCUGUGGCAGACCAAAAAACCUGGGACGCCGAAGAAAGUAGCGGCCGUGAAGUCCUAGUGUUUCUCGACGGCGGACGUACACAAUCUCAAUGCACUUGCUUGUACAUAUUCCAAUCUUACGACACUUUUUACACUCUUCGGUCAGUUGUGGUUUGGACACACAAGAUUAUGCACAACUGGAAUGUAAAACUCUAUGGGGGUGGCUCAUGUGUCAAUCACCCGAGACUGUGUGACUUAAGAUGUUUUAAUGCACCGUGUACAUGUUGUUUUUAUUUAAAUGUGCCCCCCCCUCCCCCCCCAAAAAAGGAUGACGUGUUAUUUUAUUUGGUACACUAAAGCACUGAAUGUUCUUGGUUUGUACAGAAAUCUCGCACAUAUGUUGACGUGUGGCCUUAUGUUGCUUUUUGUCUAUGUUUGCAUUGGAUUGAUUUUUUACGACUGUGCUGAUAUGAUUGUACGGCUGCUUGUGGAAAGGUUCUCACAUGCAUAGCUCGUGUUUAGCACUGUAAGGGAAUCCUGUCAUAUCUAGUAUACAUUAACCAGUGUGCUAAUGUGCAGUGAGUGGUUUAGUUUGCAGGCCGAACCCACUUUUGAUGGGUUUUAACAUUAUCUAAUGGCAUUGAUUCACAGCAGGAUUGUGAAUACAUUUCAUUCCGUUCCUGUAGGUGGUUUUGCUUUUUUAUAUAUAUAUUUAAAACGUUGGACCGACUGAUGGAAAUGUUCAGCGUAAUGAUCUAUUUAAUCAAUAUUUAUCUUUCAUAAAAGGUCUUAAAUAAGACUAGGGGAUAGAAAACCAAACCGCUAUGUCGGUGCGAUUUAAAAAAAAAAAGGUGGACUGAAUUGUUUGAAUGAUAUUUACAUGGAUGAAGAUGAAUAAGAUUAUGUGCUGGAGUCAUAAUUAUUUUCCAAACACUUUUGUACUGUUAUGUAUGCCUGUGGUGACUGAACUGAAGUGUUUCCCUGUCCAGGGUCGCGCAAGAGCAUUAAAAGCAGUUUGCCAAAUUAUAUAUUUUACCCGAUUGUUGGAGCCAUUUCAGUGUUUUGCGACUGAGGGCUAAAUCAUUCGAUUUGUAAAUUAUUUUAAAUAAAAAUAACUUUUGGACUGGUAUAUAAGGGGUUAAUACAUGCCGCGUUUUUACGCCUGGAGUCUGUUUGGCAUUUUAAAAUGCUACGAAUCUCAUUCUAUUGGCAUGUCCCCUUAAAGUGUGAUUAUCUUAUCGCAAUUUUUGUGAAAAUUUUCGAUCUCAUGAAAGUGCGUAUAAACAGUACCCCAAAUAAAAACAAAAACUCAUGGUAUUGAUACGCAAAAAUUGACUUCGGCAUACAUAUGGGUAAUUUUCCACAUUUUAUUGGGUGUACUGUUUAUACACAUUUUAAUGUGACUGGGCUCAAAUUUUUGUUGGCAAAAUGGUCCAUUGGUUACAGUAAAGCCAUGAAGAAGGCACUGUCAAACCAUGCAGCUUUUUAUUGGCCAAAGUGCAACAUUUGUGUGAAUCCGUUGCGAAAUCUGCAAGCUGUGUUCCCAGUAAUGAAAUUACUUAACUAUGGUAGCUAACCCUUGCAUCCUUUUAAUGCAGAAUGUGGCUGUAUACGGGUAGAGGCUUUGUUGCCUGACAAAAAAAAAAAACGGCCUUUCUUUUGUGCCCUUUAUUUCAGAAGGAAUUGUAAAAACUGCACACCUGUUCUCCCAUUCAAACAUUUCUUGAGUAGUUUGAGUCAUGUGUCGGUGUCUGCAAUGGAAAUAAUAUGUGCACAGCCCUGAAUACAAGGUAGCUGACAUCUUACAUCCAUUAGAAUGGCACAACUGGAAACAAAUGUGAUUUGGCCAUUUCGAGCCACAAACAAGGUUUAGUAAGCUGUAAAUGAGCACGAUAGAAAACUGUACAGUGUGUGUUCUCUGAUCUCUCCAGCACGUCUCUCUCUCUCUCUCUCUCUCUCUCUCUCUCUCUUAUUUUGUUUCUUUCAGGCGCUGUGCUGUCAUAUUGUUCAAGUAACAUGUUAGAUUUCAAUUGCAUUCAAUAAAUUUCGCAUGGCCUCAUGUGCAAGCCUGCUGA